AUGUAGUUGCUCAUAGAAUUGCUAAGCUUGGCAAACCCCAUACAAUUGCCGAAACACUGAUUUUGCCGGCCGCGCAAGACAUGUGUAGAAUAAUGAUAGGAGAGAGUGCAGCUGCUAAACUCAGCGCAAUACCUAUGUCAAAUGACACUGUGUCACGCCGAAUAUCAGAAAUGUCUAGUGAUAUCAAAGAGCAACUAAUACACUACAUUCAAAUCAGUCCUUACUAUGCACUGCAGCUGGACGAAUCCACUGACAUCGCUGGACAGGCCCAGCUUCUCACUUACGUCAGGUAUGUGCGGGAAAAGGAAAUUGAGGAGGACAUCCUGUUUUGCCGGCCUCUUCAGACCCGUACAACAGGGGAGGCAAUCUUUAAUUGUAUUGGCCUCUGCACAGAUGGAGCGCGGUCGAUGACAGGGCGUGAGCGUGGCCUUGUAGCUCGCGUCCAGCAAGUUGCUCCACUUGUGCAAUGGACACACUGCAUGGUCCAUCGCGAGGCACUUGCUGCCAAGAAAAUGCCACCGCUCUUCGAGUCAGUGCUUCACCAGGCCGUGAAAAUAAUUAACCAUAUUAAAGCUCGUCCACUUAACUCCCGUUUGUUUGGGGUCCUCUGCCAGGAGAUGGGGUCAGGGCACGAACAGCUGUUGCUGCACACUGAAGUUCGCUGGCUCUCCAGGGGGCGGGUGUUGCAACGGCUGUAUGAGCUGCGAGAGGAGGUAAAGUUGUUUUUGACUGAAAGUCAAACAGAUCUGGCGAAGCACCUGGAUGAUGCCAUGUGGCUUGCCUCUCUCUCCUAUUUGGUGGAUAUUUUUGACCGGCUGAAUGGCCUUAACCUUUGCAAGUCUUUGCAAGGCCGCGAAUCUAACGUUCUGCUCCUCGCUGAUAGAGUGAAUGCCUUCACGCAAAAAAUUGCUCUCUGGCAUGGUCGCAUCAGUUCUGGAAACUGCGACAUGUUUCCCAGCCUUGCAGACUUCAUUGCCGAUGCACGUGGCACUGAUUUCUCCUCUCUCCUCCAAUCAGCUGCUGAUCACCUUUCAGCGCUGAAGAAUCAGUUUGGGUCCUAUUUCAAAGAGGACUACCGUUCAUUCGCCUGGGUUCGGGAUCCAUUUCUCUGCUCAGCAGACGAGCUGUCAAUAGACAUGCAAGAGCAGCUUAUUGAGCUGAAGAGUGACAGUAGACUAAAGCAUCUGUUUACCACCUCCCCUCUUUCGUCAUUCUGGGUAGCAAUGAUGCCGGAAUACCCUCAGCUUUGCGACAUAGCCUUAAAAAUUAUCCUCCUUUUCGCGUCGACUUAUUUGUGCGAGGCAGGCUUUUCAAGACUGACUGCGCUCAAAACUAAAUAUCGCAACCGCGCACAGAUCGAGGAUGACCUGAGGAUAUGUUUGUCAAACAUUGCCCCAAGAUUUGAGGACCUUUGCAAGGCAAAGCAGGCUCAUGUCUCACAUUGA